AUGGUUGGGAAGUUCCGAACUCCGUGGUCGUCUCGCGACGGGCCUGAUCUUGGCAUCGAUGGAAUAUCAAGGUCUAAUUCCGGAACCGAAGUCACUCCAACGUCGUCUGAGAAGAAGGAACCGGAUGGGCAAGAUGUUGAUAUCACAGCAGCAGCAGAGGAUUUGCCCAAGUUUGCAAAAACUCAUCAAUUUGAUCCAAAUCUACCACAAGAGAGGAUCAACAUCCUGCACGAUGCGACAGCCACAGGCGAUGUCGAAGCGAUGAAAGUAGCAGAGGCUGCCUUUGCAGAGGACUCACCUUACGAAGAAGUGAAAGCAGCAGUCAGAGCCAUUGAUGGGGGCGAAGUAGCGAAUACUGUUCGCGCCUGGAUUCUAGGAAUGAUCUUUGUGACGAUCUGUAGCGGGUUGAAUAUGUUUUUGAGCAUGAGGAGUCCAGCUAUCUCAUUUCCGCCAGUUGUUGUACUAUUGCUAGUAUACCCAGUUGGUUGUAUUUGGGCAAAGAUUGUGCCCAUGAGAGUGUUCAGGACAUUUGGUUGUAACUGGACAUUCAAUACCGGACCUUUCAAUAUCAAAGAACAUACAAACAGUGUAUCCAUAAGUUAUGCUUACAGCACUGACGCUCUGCUCGCGCUGAAGGGGAAAGCAUUUUACAACCUCGAUAUGGGCUGGGGCUUUCAACUCCUGUUCACAAUUAGCAGUCAACUUAUAGGAAUCUCCCUCGCCGGGGUCUUCCGACGCUUUCUCAUCUGGCCUUCCGCAAUGGUAUGGCCAGGUCAGCUUUCAAACACUUCACUGCUCUUCGCCCUUCACGACAAGUCUCGUUCAAAUCCAGCAAAAUCUAGCGGAUGGAGUGUCUCACGCUACCGAUUUUUUGUUUAUGUAAUGGUGGGAUCAUUUGCGUGGUAUUGGAUUCCUGGGGUUCUCUGGCAGGGGCUUUCCGUCUUCGCAUUCGUCACUUGGAUUAAGCCAAACAAUGUCGUACUUAAUCAACUCUUUGGAGGUUUUACGGGUCUAUCACUAAUCCCUCUGACCUUCGACUUCACAUAUGUCUCUGGAUAUCUUCUAAAUCCACUUCUUGCUCCGGCGCAUGCCCACUUCAAUACUUUGAUUGGACUGACAGUUUUCAUGAUUAUUACGGCUAUUGGAAUUUCAUACACUGGGUCACUCAGCUAUUCGGCAUACCUUCCGAUCAACACCUCUUCAAUAUUUGACAAUACCGGUGGUUUCUACAACGUGAAGAAUAUUCUCACUCCAGAAUACACCUUCGACCUCGAAAAAUAUAAAGCUUACUCGCCUUUGUUUUUGGCUCCGUGUUUCUUCCUCAACUACGGACUUUCCUUUGCGUCGCUCACCGCUGCCUUCGUACACGUAGGAAUUUUCCAUGGGAAGGAAAUUUGGUACCGAUUUAGGACGGCAAGAGAUCAGGAGCCUGAUAUUCACAUGAAGUUGAUGAAGAAAUAUCCCGAAGCACCAGAUUGGUGGUAUUGGAUUUUACUCCUCGUCUCCCUUGCCUUCGGUUUGGCGACAGUUUUGGGCUACUCGUCCCAAUUACCAUGGUGGGGAUUCUUUGUCUCCAACAUCAUUGGAAUGGCAUUCAUAAUACCCACUUGUAUGAUUCUUGCUACCACCAACAUCCAGUUAUCGCUAAACGUUAUCUCGCCAUUUCUCGCUGGUUUCAUGAUCCCCGGAAAGCCCAUCGGUGUCAUGAUGUUCAAAGUUUUCAGCGUCAUUACCUUGGGUCAAGCACAAACAUACUGCGGCGACUUAAAGCUGGCACACUAUAUGAAGAUCCCACCAAAGACAGUAUUUUCAUGUCAGAUCGUUGCCACUAUAUGGGCCUGUUUCGUUCAGAUUGCAGUCAUGAAUUGGUCACUUGGAGCUAUCGAUGGAAUCUGCACAACAACGCAAUCCGCUCACUUCACUUGCCCCAAUGGGAAGACAUUCUUUUCUUCAUCCAUCACAUGGGGUGUCAUUGGACCAGCUCGCAUGUUUGGUCCCGGAUCAAUCUAUUCCGCCAUCCAGUACUACUGGCUUUUGGGCGCCCUACUGCCAGUCCUCUUCUAUAUCCUCAUCCGAUUCUUCCCACGCUCGCCGGUCCGACUUCUUAACGCUCCCGUCAUGCUCGGCGCCAUGGCUUGGCUCCCUCCCGCGACGCCUCUCAGUUUCUCAAGCUGGGUCAUCGUCGGUUUGGUAUUCAAUUAUUGGAUUAAGCGCCGCUGGCCAGGAUGGUGGCAGCACUACAACUAUCUUACUGCUGCGGGUUUGGACUCUGGCCUUGUCAUUUCUACCAUUAUUAUUUUCUUUGCGAUUACGCUACCGAAUGUCACUAUUCCACAGUGGUGGGGUAAUGUUGAUGUCUAUGAGACCACGGAUUAUCUUUAUAGUGCUGUUCGGAAGAUUCCGGCUGAUGGAGAGACUUUCGGCCCAGCAGUCUGGUAG